AUGUCGCUGUUCAAGAAGCUGGACCCGAAAGCGGACCUUGGCACGCCCAGCUCGCUCAAGUCGUCUGUGCAGCGCGGGAUUCGCGCGAAGCUUUUGGAGCAAUAUGCCACGACGCUUGGCGCCGAUGAUGGCGCUCUGCUGGAGAAGAUCUGGCCGAAGAAGGAGCCGAUCACCUCGGCGAAGUUCAAGCGCGAGCAUGUCCAAAUCCUGCUGUUGAAGAAUAUGCCGAUCUUUUUCCAGCAGUACGAUGGCCCCUAUUUCCCCACGCUGCAGCUGCUGCACCAGUACCCUGACCUGCUCCCGGCGAUCCGGGUGGACCGCGGUGCGAUCAAGUUUCUGCUCUCUGGCGCCAAUGUCAUGGCGCCAGGUCUCACGUCGGCGGGCGGGCAUCUGCCUGACCCGUCGCAGGGCGAGACGCCUCUGGCGAAGGGGACGCCGGUGGCGAUCCACGCACAAGGCAAAGAAUACGAAGUGGCCAUCGGCGUGCUGCUCAUCGAUACCGAGGAGAUCCGCGCGCAGGGCAAGGGCGUAGCUGUGGACAAUGUGCACUACCUAGGCGACGACCUGUGGUCGAUCUGCUCGAAAGGUGGGCUCUCGUAG